AUGGCAUGGAACUAUGUAAACUAUGAUGUCACACAUUUCUUGUUGACUGCAAUGUACUUGGUACUUGGUGCAUUGGCCACAUAUGCAUGGUAUCAUCGUCCAACCAGCAAUGUAUCACCAAUACAAAAGAUAUUCUAUCCAUUAAUGUUAUUUGGUGUAACAGUUCGAGCAAUGUUUAUGUGCAUGCAACCAUUUAUUAGAGAGGAUGACUUCCAGAUACCAAAUCAGGUGAACAUUCUUUUGAACACUCUGCCUUCAUUCAUAUUCUUUAGUAACUACUUGAUCGUGCUGUUCAUCUGGGUGGAGAUGUACUUGAUAUUCGAGGGCAAGUCAAUGUCCCUCGUUCACAGUCUACCAUGGUUCUUCAAAGUGAUAGCCCUGAUCAUGUAUGGCAUCGUGCUGGUGCUCUACGUGUUGGACUUUGCACUGUACCCACUGACGUACAGCCCAGUGUCAGUCUACAACGACCUGGUCGAGUAUAUCAUCGGCACGUUUGAUGGUGCCCUGUUCAUUGUAUUCGCAAUGGCCUUCCUCAUCGUGUGCAUCUGCAUGAUCAUCAAGUUCCAAGAGCACAAUCCAAACUUUACCGAAGAGAAGCGACGUCUUGUACUGUGGCGCGUGACCACCGUCAGCAUCCUAGUAGUCGUCUGUUUCCUCAUUCGUGGCGCCAUCACCCUAUUCGCAGUCAAUCGUUUCAAUCUGAUAUCAGGAAAAUGGUGGUGGUUCGAUGGAGUCUAUUACUUUGGAUUCGAGAUUAUUCCAAUCACUAUAUUGCUGUUCCUGCUGCGAGCGAACAACAAUCAUGAUCAUCACACUUAUUCACAUUCGACCAACAUCAAGAAGCAAGAUAUUGUCAUUUAUCCAGCAACAGAGUAUACUCAUCUGCUGCAUAACUAA